UGUCAAUAUCUGUCAAAAACCUAUUUUUCGUCGCACGCUCUACGUCCCUUUGGACUAAAAUUUCACUUCCCGUGUCAUCAUGUCCGGAAAAGCACAAUGGUUUACUCCCACAGCGGCCAUGAAAAACAAAGCGGAAGUGUGGACGAAACUCGAAAACAGUGGAUGGAAACCUCCUAAACACGACACCUCGAAGCCCAUGACGUAUUUCAAUAACACGACAAAGGUCCACGAACGUACCCCUGAAUACGACCUAUUUUUUGCCUAUACGAAAGUCUUCCCAUUGUGGGAUCAGAAAAAGCUCAAGGACAACUGUCAGAACAAGAGAGACAUCUGGGAGAACAUCAAUGAACAGGAGAAAAACAAGCCCAUCCCGAUCCUCAGCUCCUUCAACUACGGCCUCGCCGCCCGCGCCCACCUCGAAUACUUCGACCCCGCAUUUCGCCGCAUCCAUGCCACCGGCGACUUCCAGCGUCGCCAUGGCGUGCAGCCAGUAGAAGAGAAAGAGCCCCAAUAA